AGACACACACAUAUAUAGCGUCAGAUAUACGGAGUAUUUAUAUUAGCGUUCUUCAUUUUAGGUUUAGGGUUUUUUUUCGCAUCACCUUGCUGAAGCGGAGCUCGUAGCAAGUCUCCAAUGGCGGCCAAGAAGACACCCCGGAAUCCGGAGCUAAUCAGGGGCAUCGGCACCUACUCAAGGUCGAAGAUGUACCACAAGAGGGGUCUCUGGGCAAUCAAGGCCAAAAACGGUGGAAAAUUCCCCCAUCACGAGAAGAAGCCCGCCGCGGCGCCGGCGGCCGAGAAGCCGCCGAAGUUUUACCCCGCCGACGAUGUCAAGAUGCCGCUCGCCAACAGGCGGAAGCCCAAGCCGACUAAGCUCCGGUCUAGUAUCACUCCCGGCACUGUUCUGAUCAUCCUCGCCGGGCGAUUCAAGGGAAAGAGGGUUGUGUUCUUAAAGCAACUCUCCUCCGGACUCCUCCUCAUCACCGGUCCGCUCAGGAUCAACGGCGUUCCUCUCAGGCGCGUGAAUCAGGCUUAUGUGAUCGCAACUUCCACCAAGGUUGACAUUUCUGGUGUUAGCUUGGAGAAGAUUGACGACAAGUACUUCGCUAAGAAGGCAGAAAAGAAGAAGAAGAAGACCGAAGAAGAGUUCUUCGAAUCCCAAAAAGAGGAGAAGAAUGUGUUGCCGCAAGAGAAGAAGGAUGACCAGAAGGCUGUUGAUGGAGUUUUGCUUAAGGCCAUUGAAUCAGUGCCAGAUUUGAAGACUUAUUUGGGUGCAAGAUUUUCUCUCAAGGAUGGCAUGAAACCUCAUGCUUUGGUCUUUUAGAGGAAGAAGUCAGUACCUCUUGAAUAUCUCUAAUAUAUAAACUUGUUUUUGUUUCUGUUGCUUUUCUCUACUCUUCUGUUCAAUCAAAACUCAUAUUUGAAUGCCAAGUUUUUUUAUAUUCCCAUUAGCUAUGAAGUUAUCUCCCAUUGAUUGUAGAGAUAUGGUUCUUGUGCAUCUCAAGGCCGAAAUACUCGGCUCGUUUGCUUUGGUGCAGUUUAGUAUGCUGUUUUUCUACUAGCAUUUUGAUAUUAUUUGGCUUAGUUGAUAUUUAAAGCAAAGUUAUUGAAGGAUUGGUUUCAUUUGGUGUUUCUACUCAUUGGGCUCUCAAUUCUGUAUGUUGAAGUAUAAUCCAUAUAUGUUGGUAAUAGAGUGCUGGUUUCUUG